GGGUCCAAGCCGCCCGGUUCGCCGCGCGCUGCCCGCAGGUUCCAUUGAGAAAAGCUGAGCGGCGGCGGCGGCGGCGGCGUCUGCGCGGGAGCCGAGGACUGGCAGCAGCCCGCCGCCCGCCGCCUCCGGCGGUCCGCGCGCUUGCAGCGCAGGGCCGAGCCUCCGGCCUCCGAAGCGGCUCCGGACGGUCCGCUGCUGCUUGGGGGUGCGGGCCGGGGCGCCGUGGAGACCAAGGACCGGGGGCAUGAGCCGUCCCGCGGUUCCGCCGCGCCCCCGCCGCCCGCCGCCGCCUGCCAGGGGCUAGAGGCGGCCGCCGGGAGGGCACGCGGCGCCGGAGACAUGUCCAGAAGGAAACAGAGCAAUCCCCGGCAGAUCAAGCGUUCCCUCGGAGACAUGGAGGCGGGAGAAGAGGCUCAGGCCACAGGCAUCAGCCUCCCAGAGCCGGAGGCAGCAGCGCCUGAGCCCAAGGCCAAGGCAGAGCGCAGUCCACCGAGCCCUUCUGUUCCAGAAGCUAAUCCUCCGCCCCCACCACCAACACCACACCCCACAUCUCCUGGAGGCCCCAAGGAAACGGAGGGACAGGAGCCAGAGACGAGCAUGGAGGAGGAAGCCAGCAGCUCCUGGAACGGGCCAGACGAGCUGGAGGAAGUCCUGCAGGAUGGGCAGAGGUGUGUGCGGGCCCGACGCAGCCUUGCUGAGGGCCUGUCCUGGGGCCCAUUCCAAGGAAGCAUCCAGAGCAGAGCUUCAUCCCCCAGGCAGGCAGAACCGAGUCCCACCCUGAUGCUGCUACUGGAGGAUGAGGCCUGCUGGCUGAGGACACUGCCCCGGGCCCCGACAGAGGCCCAGGCCAAUGUGGAGAUCCACAGGAAGGAUGAAGCCCUCUGGUGCAGGCUCACCAAGCCAGUGCCAGCAGGGGGACUGCUGAGCACACUCCUUGUAGCAGAGCCCCACAGCACCCCCAGCCACCCUGUGAAGAAGGAGCCAGUGGAGCCUGACUGCCCGGCCCUCUCUCAUACUGACAUCCAGCUCCUGCCCCAGCAAGCUGGCAUGGCAUCCAUCCUGGCCACAGCAGUCAUCAACAAAGAUGUCUUCCCCUGCAAGGACUGUGGCAUCUGGUACCGCAGUGAGCGGAACCUGCAAGCUCAUCUCCUGUAUUACUGCGCCAGCCGCCAGAAUGCCAGCUCCCCUGCCUCAGCCACCACCGAUGAGAAGACCAAGGAGCCGUACCCCAACGAGCGUAUCUGCCCCUUCCCCCAGUGCCGAAAAAGCUGCCCCAGUGCCAGCUCCCUGGAGAUCCACAUGCGCAGCCACAGUGGCGAGCGCCCCUUCGUGUGCCUCAUCUGCCUGUCGGCCUUCACCACCAAGGCCAACUGCGAGCGGCACCUCAAGGUGCACACAGACACACUCAGCGGUGUCUGCCACAGUUGUGGCUUCAUCUCCACCACAAGGGACAUCCUCUACAGCCACCUGGUGACCAGCCACAUGGUCUGCCAGCCAGGCUCCAAGGCUGAGAUCUACUCGCCAGGAGCUGGGCACCCCUCAGCCAAGCUCCCCCCAGGUCUGGCCCAGGCUGGUCCUGCUCCAGCCCUGAAGUGUGGCCCUUGGGGUCUUCCUGCAGACAGUCUGGCCGGCUUCCAGCAGCACACGGCCCUGCAUGGCCCCCUGGCCUCCUCUGACCUGGGCCUGGGGUCCACCCCAUCACCAGGAGUGGACAGGAAAGCCCUGGCCGAGGCCACCAAUGGAGAGGCCAGAGCGGUCCCCCAGAACGGGGGCAGCGGUGAGCCCCCAGCGGCGCCCAGGAGCAUCAAGGUGGAGGCGGCCGAGGAGCCCGAGGUUGAGCCAGGGCCCCCAGCCCCUGCAUCACGGACGCCCUCCCCGCCCAGCCCCGCGCCCGCCGGGGUCAAGGCUGAGUUGCCCAGCCCCACGCCCGGCUCCAGCCCUGGCCCCGGUGGACUGUUCCUGCCACAGUUCCCCGCUGCGCCCCCCGCCUCGGAGAUUCUGGCCAAGAUGUCCGAGCUGGUGCACAGCCGGCUGCAGGUGGGGGUGGGUGCGGGGGCGCCGGCAGGCCUACUCUCAGGGGCCCCCAAGGGUGCUACAUGCUUCGAGUGUGAUAUCACCUUCAACAACGUCAGCAACUUCUACGUGCACAAGCGCCUCUACUGCUCCGGCCGCCGCGCGCCCGACGACGCACCCCCGGCUCGCAGGCCCAAGGGGCCCCCUACCCCUGCUCGCGCACUCCCUGCCCCGCCACCUGCCGAACCCGACGCGCCAAGCUCUUCGCCAGGACCCGGAGCGCGCGAGGACCAGGCGGGGGACGUAACCACGCCCGAGGCUGAGACGGGCGGCCGGGGCAGUGAGGGCAGCCUGAGCCCGGGCAGCGGGGCGGACGAGGAAGACGACCCCCGUCGGACGCUGUGCGAAGCCUGCAACAUCCGCUUUAGCCGCCACGAGACCUACACGGUGCACAAGCGCUACUACUGCGCUUCGCGCCAUGACCCACCGCCACGCCGGCCGGCUCCCGCUGCACCCCCAGGAACCCCCGGGCUCCCCAGCAUCCCUGUGCCAGCACCGCCACCCGUGCGCACGCGCAGGCGCCGUAAGCUGUACGAGCUGCAGGCGGUCAGUCCCGCCCCCGCAGCGCCGGGCCCCGCCCCACCAGCGCUAGCUCUCGGCCCCGAGCCUCCAGCAUCACUGUCUCCGCGGCCCGGAAGCGGAAACGGGCUGGAUCAGUCCGAGGGCCCCAUCGAUCUGAGCAAAAAGCCGCGGCGUCAGACCUCUGCCGGUCCUUUGCCCAGCCCCACGCCAGUGCUGCCGGCCCUGGCAGACUACCACGAAUGCACAGCCUGCCGCGUGAGCUUCCACAGUCUCGAGGCCUACCUAGCGCACAAGAAGUUCUCCUGCCCCGCUGCACCGCGCCGCCCCCGCGCCCCGGAGGACCCCGCCGUCGUGUGCCCCUAUUGCCCCCCGAAUGGCCUGGUUCGUGGGGACCUCGUCGAGCACUUGCGCCUGGCGCACGGCCUGCUGUUGGGCAAACCCCUAACCGGUCCCAGCGCAGAGGCCCGGACGCCCUCGCCCGCCGCCCCCCGUGAUGGCCUUAACGGCCAGGAGCCAUCCACUGGCCCUCCUGACAGCAGUCCCCUGCCCGGCCCGCCCACAGCCCCAUCAACCCCUCCUUCCCACUCGGACAAGGGCGUCCAGACCCCCAGUAAGGGGACGCCGGCCCCCCUGCCCAACGGCAACCACAGGUAUUGCCGCUUGUGCAACAUCAAGUUCAGCAGCCUGUCCACUUUCAUUGCCCACAAGAAGUAUUACUGUUCCUCGCAUGCCGCCGAGCACGUGAAGUGACCGGAGGCCACACUACAGACGGGAGACCGCUUCACACGCCCCGCUGCUCUCCAGGAGCCAGGACCUACCAGCCUAAUGCUCAUAAAGACACAAUCACCCCCAGGAACCCGGCUGUUGGUGACUCUGGCUCCUAGGAAACGCACCAAGCACAGGCCUCAGCAGAGGAGGCUGCUGAUGGCAGCGCCCACCUGGACCCUUGGCACUUAAUAAAGAAGUUCAGUUUGAUGAGUAGA